AUGGCGAACCAACCCGCCUUCAUCUCCGACGCCGGCGGCGGCAUGUGCCUUGAGCCUUGCUGCACCGCGUACAAUGUCGACUUUGGCCUCGAGAGCACCUACCAGAGCCACAUGAAGAACAAGUGGCACAUCGAAGCCCGCGAGGCCGGCCGAGCGCUCCUGGCCAUGAACCUGUCGGACGAGGUACUCGAGCAGCGACGCCGAGCCCUCCGCGAGCUCCGCUGCGAUGAGGAACACUGUCCCCUCUACGGACGCGUCAUGCCGGGCGGCCACGGUGCGUUUUACGGCCACCGCAAGUCGCUCGCGCACCUCAACAUCCCCGUGGACCGCAACAAUCCUCCCAUCUGGCGCUGCGACGUGGCUACGUGCUAG